ACGCCGUGAAGUGACGUGGAGUUUUGUGUUGAGUGCAUACGGAUGCCUUAAAACUAUUCGAGCCAUGAGAGAAUUUGAGAUAAAAAUUGCGAACGCGUGAUGUUAGUAGUAUUAAUUCCAGCUAUUUUCGAAUUUUAAAUAGAAGUUUUUCCACAGCGUUUCUUUCGGUGCUAGCUUUUUUGUUAGCUAGCAGACAGAGCCUCUUCUGCGACAGAACCUGAAGUUAAAACUGUGAACCCGGAUUUUUUUUUUUUUUUUUACCUCAGGAACCAAACCAUGAAAAAGGACGACGGAGUUCCCUGUAUUUUACCUUUGAUAGAUCGUUUACGGAAAGUGUGACCGUCCCACCUGUUAGCGUGCUAAUCUUAGUCAGAGGGGUGAAGACGGAGCUGUCAGAAUGGGUUCACUGCUCCGAGGUGAAGAAAUGUGUUUAGCCCAACUUUUUCUACAAUCCGGAUCAGCGUACGACUGCAUCAGUGAACUCGGAGAGCUGGGACUUGUGGAGUUUAGAGACCUCAACCCUAAUGUCAACUCAUUCCAGCGCAAAUAUGUUAACGAGGUGAAAAGAUGUGAAGAGAUGGAGCGGAUUCUUGGAUACCUUUUGAGGGAAGUCAAGAAAGCUGAUAUCCCACUUCCAGAAGGAGAUGUGAACCCAUUGGCUCCUUUGCCCAAACACAUCAUAACUAUAUUGGAGCAGCUGCAGAGGCUGGAAGCUGAGUUAGGUGAGGUCACAAGGAAUAAAGAGAAGCUUCAAAAGAAUCUUCGAGAGCUGACAGAGUACACGCACAUGUUGCGCAUCACACGCACCUUUAUACAGCGACCUGUAGAGCAUGAACCCUUACAAGUACAGUAUGAGGAGUUUCCAUUUCUGGAGAAAGAUGUACUGAUGGAUUACAGGAGUAUGCAGAGGCUUGGAGCUAAACUGGGUUUCAUCUCUGGUCUAAUUCAGAGGAAGAAGAUUGAGGCAUUUGAGCGGAUGCUUUGGAGAGUUUGCAAAGGCUACACGAUCCUUAGUUAUGCUGAAGUUGAGGAGUAUUUAGAAGACCCAGACACGGGUGAGCCUACUAAAAGCAUGGUAUUCCUGAUUUCUUAUUGGGGAGAGCAAAUUGGCCAGAAAGUGAAGAAGAUCUGUGACUGCUAUCAUUGUCACCUGUAUCCAUACCCGAAUAGCAAUGAGGAGAGGGAUGACGUUGUGGAAGGACUAAGAACUCGGAUUCAGGACCUACACACAGUACUUCUCAGGACAGAGGACUACCUUAAACAAGUUCUGGUCAGAGCUGCAGAAUCCGUCUACACCUGGGUUAUUCAGGUUAAGAAGAUGAAGGCCAUCAAUUAUGUUUUAAACCUGUGUAGUUUUGAUGUUACUAACAAGUGCCUGAUUGCUGAGGUGUGGUGCCCUGUUAGUGACCUACCCAAACUGCGGAGGGCGCUUGAAGAAGGAUCGAGGAAAAGUGCAGCAGCAGUUCCUUCCUUUGUCAAUCGCAUUCCCAGCACUGAUACCCCACCCACCCUGAUAAGAACCAACAAAUUUACUUCUGGUUUCCAGAACAUUGUGGACGCGUAUGGAGUAGGCAGUUACAGAGAGGUUAACCCAGCUCCUUUCACAAUCAUUACCUUCCCGUUUCUGUUUGCUGUGAUGUUUGGAGACCUUGGUCAUGGUGUUAUUAUGGCUUUCUUUGCCUUAUGGAUGGUGUUGUACGAGAAAAACACUAAGCUGAAAAACACCAGGAAUGAGAUCUGGAACAUGUUCUUCGAGGGUCGUUACAUCAUCCUAAUGAUGGGCCUGUUCUCUGUAUACACUGGCUUCAUAUACAACGACUGUUUCUCAAAGUCACUUAACAUCUUUGGCUCUGGAUGGAACGUUUCAGCCAUGUUCCAUGCUGGUGUGUGGAAGAGAGAUGAUAUCCUUAAUAAUCAAUUUCUUGGCCUUGAUCCGACUGUUGCAGGAGUUUUCAGCGCACCGUACCCUCUCGGAAUUGAUCCGAUUUGGAACUUGGCAUCCAACCGCCUCACGUUUUUAAACUCCUAUAAGAUGAAGAUGUCUGUGAUAUUGGGGAUCAUACAUAUGAGCUUUGGAGUCAUUCUUAGCACUUUUAAUCACUUGCACUUUAGAAAACGAUACAACCUGUACUUGGUAUUUCUCCCUGAGCUUGUGUUCCUGCUGUGUGUGUUUGGCUACCUGGUAUUCAUGAUAUUCUACAAGUGGCUAGCCUUCUCCCCUCUGGAAUCUAAAGUGGCACCAAGCAUCCUUAUUCAUUUCAUAAACAUGUUCCUUAUGCAAGAUGAUGAAGAGCAGCCGCUGUACAAAGGACAGGCAGGCUUGCAGAUAUUUCUGGUGGUAAUUGCUGUGCUCUCAGUGCCCAUGUUACUCCUGGGAAAGCCCCUCUACCUUUACUGGCUCCAUAGUGGAAGUCACCGCCUUGGAAUGUACAGGGGAUAUGAGCGAGUGCGACACGACAGCGACGAGGAGCUCUACCUUCUGAGGGCUGAGGAAAUGGAGGAAGGCAGUGGUCACAGUGACGUCUCCAGUAGUGGAGAACACCAGACAGUGGAGUUCGACUUUGCAGAUGAGCUCCUCCACCAAUCCAUCCACACAAUAGAGUAUUGUUUGGGGUGCAUCUCCAAUACAGCCUCCUACCUCAGGCUCUGGGCUCUGAGCCUGGCACAUGCACAGCUGUCAGAGGUGCUGUGGACUAUGGUGAUGCAUGUUGGGCUGAAGAUGGACACGACCCUCGGGGUUGUAUUCCUGGUACCACUGUUCGUCCUGUUUGCUGUUCUCACUGUGGCCGUCCUCCUGAUAAUGGAGGGUCUGUCUGCAUUCCUUCAUGCACUCAGGUUACACUGGGUGGAGUUUCAGAAUAAAUUCUACAGUGGGACUGGAGUCAAGUUUUGUCCCUUUUCCUUCUCUCUCCUUCCAUCCAGCUUUGAGCAAGAUGGCUUGCUGUGAGGGGGAGUGGGGAUGGUCUGUGGACAGACUCCAAUGGUAACACAACCAAAACAAAACAGCAGGGUGCAGUACUUCUGAAAAUAUAUGCUGAUGAUGUCAUGAGUAGAUUUUUAUUUAUUUUUUUUUUUUUCCUUCACUUAAUAACAUUUUUACAGUGAGCCUCACAAAUGUCUGCAGAUAGUUGGAGAACUAUAACAUGCUGCCUGCUUUAGCUCUCAGAAUGGUACAGCAUAUACUGAAUAGAACAAUUACUGCCUUGUUUUAAAUUCAAGUGCCAGAGUAUUUUGUAGCAGAAAGGGUACAUUUUAGAGAGGCUGAUGUGUAAAACCCAAAUUUACAACUUCACUCUUACAUUAUAGAGAAAAUACAACUUUUGGGACAUUAUUGAUAAACAUUUAUUAACUAAAAUCACUUAGGACCCUUAGGAACAGGCAUACUGUUCAUCUCUCUCCUGCAUUUGGUGUGGGUAAAGACUCAUGUUUCUGCAGCGUGUCUGCGCUUGAUUAUUAUUACUACACAACACCAGUGAAGAGUUUUGAGUUAUUUAAAAACAAAAAAUACACUAAAAUGUGAAUUUAAGAAAAGUAAUAAAAUAAAUCACCAAGAUCCAGAUCCAUCCUUUUUGAUUCUGAUCACCAGGCUUUAAUCCUGUUUGACUUUUGAUCCUGGUUACUCCUUAAUCCUUUGGUCCUGAUGACAGGUUUGAUUCUGGUUGCUCACCUUUUGUUUUACUUACUCAUCCCUAGUCCUGACCAAGAAGCUUUGAUCCUGAUUAUUGAUGUUUUGUCUUGAUCACUCGUCUUUGGUAUGAUUGUUGGCCUUUUGAUCUUGAUCACUUAUCUUUGAUCCUGGUUGCUGACCUUUUGAUAAUUGUCACUCUAUGGAUCCUUAUAUUUGGUCCUGAUUAUUCAACUUUGAUCAUACAAAAAACUUUGAUCCUGGUUGCUCAUCUUGGAUUCUGAACUUUUGAUCACACUCGGUGACCUUUCAUUCAAAUCACUCAACAAAUGCUGAUUUCUGAUUGCUUUGAUCCUGAUUACACUUAUGCACAAAUUACACUGGGACAGGAUACGUGGGAGUAGCAUUAAAGGACUCAGGAUUAAAGAUCAAGAGCAGGAUACACUCCUUGGUCUGGAUCCUGUGAUCAGGAUCAGAUGAACCCGAGAUAGAAUUGGAUCACGAUCAAAGAUUAAAAUUCAAAGAUCAACCAUCAGAAUCAGGAUGCAUUCCUUCAUCCAGAUCAAAAACAACCUUUAAUAAACUCUUUCUUAACUCAAGUCUUACAUUUCCACUAAAUGACAUUGUCCUUUGCAUCAAACCCAGUACUUUGACAGGAUGUUGAACUUUAAAGCCAAUAUUUCAGCAUUUAGUUUUGGCAAAUCUCGUUUCCAUACGCUGGAGUGACACUGAGUGAGGAGCCACUCACUGCCUUAUAGAGAAGUCUCACCAAAUGUCAUUGAUCACGGUCUCUUGAGCUCUUAUUUUGCCGUACCAAAUUGUUACAAAACAUCCAACUGUUUAGUAAUGAAAAGCACUCAGGCAAGAGUGUGAUGUGUGUAUACUUUUACAGAAUAAAUUUCUGAAACUUAUGUGAAACUGAUGCAACACAAAGAUGAAUGCUUCUAGAAUUUACAUUUUGCUGUCUUUGAUUUAUAGUAUUGCCUUUCAUCCACCAGUAAUUGUAAAAUUUAACAUUCCAGGUGUGAAAAAUCUGAAUUUUUGUAUCAUUUACUCACUAACUUCUGCUGAAAGAGAGCACAGACACUGCACAGGUAAAUUAGAUGACACAGUGGAGGUGCUCCAUUAAAUCCUAAGAAAAGGUUGAAUUAUUAAUAUCAAACUUUAGUUGUUUCACUAUCGUUCAUUUUUUUUUUUUUUUUUUUUUUUUUGAGGAAUUCAUUUGAGGACUUGAAGGGAAGGAAUGCUGAACUCACACUUCAUUUUAUUCCAUGAAGUAUGCUUUUAAAAACAAAUGUCAAGGUCUUAUCAGUGGAAAAAAUGUGUAUUUCUCAUACUGAGGGUCACUGUUUUUGGAUUGGUGUUAACGAUUGUUUAGCCUCACUGAAUACUAAAUGAGGUGUUGUCUGUCUUGUAAUUUCUUCAAGUACAGCCCUAAGAUAAUGAAUUUAGAUUUUUUUUUUAUGACAAUGGGACACUGUAUGAACUGUAUAACUCGUCUGAAACUUGUACACCACUUCAGUGCCUUGUAAAGGCAGUGGAGAGUGAAAUAAUUUUAAAGACUUAAACCUUUGAUCUUAGCUUUUGUCCAUGAUGAAUUGCAGAGCCAGCCACAUUUGCAAGUAUUUUCGUCACAAAGUGACAUGAUGAUGUGUAACUCUGUGAGACUAUGGUUAGUACUGCAUUUAAGAUGAUGGUAAUGUGACAUGUUGCUAUGUUGAUUAAAACUUGUUUGCAAUAUCCA